GUCUGUCGCACGCACUUUGUCCGUCCUUUAGAAUUAAGCCUUCUUCUCUUACCACCAAAUACUCUCCGCUCCAUCCGCGAGAGACAGAGAGGUGGUUAGCUGCUGUGUGAUUCAUCCUCUUAACCAUCGAAUCGAGUUCGUGAUUACAUCUGGCAAGCGUGAUUAGUGCGCUGUAGGACCUUGUAGCAGCUGGUGAUCCCAGGAAGACCCUUGCAGGUGAAAGCUGGCGACGCUAAUUAGUGUUAGCUGUUCGCCUAGGUGACCAGUAAUUUCAAGAAUAUACGUGAGGAGCCCUGCUGUGUAGUCUGGAAAUGCAGUAAAGUAGCAAGCAUUGUAUUCUCAAAAAAAUGGCGAGUACGACAUUUCACUAGUCGGCAAUAUCGAGAAUUAAUUGACACAAAGUUUCAUGGUUACAAGCUCGUUGUGCCUAGUCAACUGCGAACGCUAUUACUAAAUGAACUCUUGUUGCAAGUGAACAAAAACACGGCCGAAAUCAAAAUGUCGUACGAAACAAACAAGAAUCCGUUCUUUGAUCCGGAUGAAGACGUUACAGAUGAGACUUUCCUCAGCUAUCGAAAUCCGAACCGCGUUCUCGAGGAACGGUUGUUGAAGGAAAGACGUCAAUUGGAAGAUCAAGUCCUGAAAAGUUCGAGUUCUGCUAUACGCGCUAUGCUCGAAGCUGAGGAGAUUGGAACAAACACAGCGGAAAAGCUGGUACACCAGGGAGAACAGCUGCGUAAGGUGGAUCGAAAUUUGGACGACCUUAACAGUAUGACAAAGAUUACGCAGAAACAUCUAACAGCUAUGAAAAGCGUGUUUACCGGAUUCAAAAGCUAUUUUGGACGCUCGAGCACCGCCGAUGGUAGUGGAAGUACGAAUAGUCAAACAGCGACGUCGCCUGAGAGCGAAUCAUCACAGAAAAAUGGGCUGUUGAAAAUUGUGACUCAGUUUCGCAACGACUCGGAGAUGGGAAAGGCUCGGAAUAAUCAGCAUUUGCGUGCGCGCAAUCUCAACGACACGUCCGGUUUUGGAGCAGCCUUCGAUGACGAUGAUGAUGACAACGCUGACGCGAAUAACGGCGACUCCUUCAGAACUGCGUCUGCCAUGACCCGCUCGCAAAUGGUUGAAAAGAAACUGGAGGCCGACUUCUUAGAGAUUAGCCAAGGCCUAACAAGAUUGACAUUACUGGCCAGUGGUCUGAAUACAGAGUUAGAUGACCAGCUCAGCCUUCUCGAUAAUAUCGCUUGCAAGACUGAUCUGGCUGAAGGUACAAUCGCCUUCCAGAACAACCAGAUGAACCGGCUACUUAAGAAAUAGGUGAUUCUUUAGAUCUUUCAACGAUUACGUGACUAACACGAAUGUGUUGAUAGCUAUAUUAUUGAGCCGCAUGUAUGCAAAAAAAUGAUUUAAUUACACACGGGCCAUACUCGUUUUCAUGCCUUUACCAUUGUAGGCGAGAACGAUUGCAAUUCCGACAACACAUCAGCAUUAAGAAUAGCAUAAAUAGCCACACAAAAGUUGAGUGAUUAUCUAUGAAUACGUAUCACGACUUAGUUGUUUGAUACAUAUAGUAAUAAAUGGGUGUGUCAUUUUAACUUUUAGCAGGUUGAACAUGUUAUCAAAGGUGUCUGAAAAAACGAACCUGUGAUGUGUAUGGAGAGGAAUAAAUAAAAACAAUGCAUAGUGUCGUGAUUAGGCUAAAUAUCAAUUUUUAAGGGUAAAAUUUGCGUGAACUGUCAGGGGCAACCGGUAGAACAGGUACGGUAUAACAUCCUUCAGUUAUUUUAAUUACCUGCACCGCCAGCUAGAAACAAAAAGGUGAUCCUGCUGUAAUUCUAGUCGGUGCAAGAAAUAUAUGUAUUGUACCAUUGUACCGAGGUCCAGCUUUACUUUCCUUCUAAGAGAGACACUGGUGGGUAUGCUGGCAACAAAGCUCAAAUCUAAAAUUAUCCGAAUUUUUUCCUUUCAUUUAACUAUAUUUCUGUAGUUAUAGUUUGGAACUAGGUUAAAAUAAUGUUUAUGAGUGUGUUUAUAUUGACUAGACUUAACAAAUCAGCAGUGUUAUCACCUCAUAUGCAUGUGUUCUAUAUAAUAAAGAUUACCUAUACCACUUGAACAGAUACAGUGUGUUAGGUAUGCUAGGUAAAGACUAGUGUGUGACACUAAUGGUCAUAUGAGGGAAGUUGAAAGGAAGAUGACUGAUAAAUAGAACGAUUUAGCAAGCCAUACAUAAGGUCAAUUGCAGUUUGAUAUUAUUGCUGAAGGUGGUCAAGAACAGAUAAGUAAAAAACGUAUUGACAAGCAGCCGGCCGACUAAUUGUUGUAAAUUGAAUGAACGAAAUAAAUUUCGUGCGCCCUAGGAAUAAUUACUGAGGUAUACA